UAAGGAUUUUUUUUUGUGCUGGAAGACGAAAAUUGCCUGUGCUAUGUAAAAAAACCCUUGAAUGAGAAUGAACGCCCGCGGGUGCACGAAAGCAAAGCAGCGUAUGCAUGUUGACGCAAUAAAUCUAUCAUCAUAUAAUUAUCAGGUACGGCAAUCGGGCGUUUUUGAGUCAGACGAACCUGAUAUCACCUGCAAAUCACCGAGAAGGAUGCUGCAGGUCAAUAGAGUUCUUUGAAUCUGACCCAACAUUUUUGAUGCUGCAUGUGGUCGUGUAGUUGUACCGUGAAGAUAAAGUCGACGUGCUUGACCUGCGACAAAAAAACACGAAGUUCAUGUAUGACCAAAAGCUGCCACAGUUUCUCGAGAUUUGCAUUGCAUAUCCCGGGACAGCGAAAUACAAGCCGAUGGGUUAAGGUCGCUCGAGCAAGGAAGGGGGACAGAACUCCGAUUGUACAGUAUUGCUUCCAGUACUAGGUACCAAGAACGAUUUAGGCAGUCUGCCUAUCCGAAAGAGAAGUACUUACCAAAAAAAAUGAACUUACAGGAGGGAUAGUAGUUCUUGUGUGUGUAAAAAGAAUGCCUGCUCAGGUGUGUUUUUCGAAUAAUCCUCAGUUAGUAUCUAGCAUCCAUUUCUGUUUUAUACCUGAAGUAGACACCUUUCUAGUUUGUACAUGUCAACAAGCAGAUCGAUCACUUUCAUCAGAACUACUUCCACAAGGUCUUUGAACUAGUGUAGCAGAACCUAGAAUAAAAACUGUACUUUUUGGCUUGAUCAGGUUGCGCGCAGCCUGCUUUUUGGACUUUGGCACCAUGAUGGGGGGAAAUAGAUAUGUGAACCUGUACAAAACGGAUUUUUUGUGUCAUCCGUGGAAGACACGACAGAGCUUUUGAGCAUUACAAUGAGAAUGCUUCGCGCUGGUCGUCUCACGCAGUGCUUCGAAUGCCGGAGCUAUCGUGGUGCUGCGAUUGAUUUGAUUUCUGUUGUGUUUGCUUCAUUCUGAGUUGUAGUCACAAGCCGCUGUCUCGCACUUGCGGAGAGGAGCAUCAAACCAAAGAGAAAAA